AUGACAUUUGUCGAGCUUCCAUUUAUAUCUCGUCGAUCAACCGUCUAUGGCACACAUGCCAUGGUUUGCAGUUCGCAACCUCUGGCCACUCAAGCUGGCAUAGAUAUUUUAAAAAAAGGUGGAAAUGCUGCUGAUGCAGCAGUUGCCAUAGUUUUCCAUCGAUCAAUAAAAGCUGCUGCUUUGAAUGUCACCGAGCCUGGCUCAACUGGAUUGGGUGGAGAUGCUUUUUGCCUUUUCUACGACGCAAAAUCUCGUACUGUGAAAGGAUUGAACGGUUCCGGACGACCUGAAAACUUACUCUUUCCUCCCUGGCAAUCCCCAAGUACACCCGCAGCAUUAACUCUGGAACAUGUUUUGGGAUCCGGCGUUUCUGGAAGAAAUCUACCUGGCGACAGUGUGCACGCAGUUACUGUUCCUGGAACACCCGCUGCUUGGGUUGAUACAGUGGAGCAGUUUGGGUCAGGCAAGUUAAAUCUCGAGACAAUUCUUACACCUGCUAUUGAUCUUGCUGAAAAUGGGUUCCCAGUUUCCCAUAUAUCUGCUACUUGUUGGAAUGCUGCUGCUCCAAGAGUACGGGCGGCCAACCCAAAAUCGACGAUUCAUGAAUGGUUGGUUGAUAAUAAUCGAGCACCUAAAGAAGGAGAGAUCAUGAUCAUUCCAACAUUAGCAAAAACUCUGCGAACUUUAGCUAAAGAGGGUAAAAAAGGUUUUUAUAGCGGUGCUGUGGCUUCUGCUAUAGUCGAUACGUUAAACGCUCGCGGUAGCUUGAUGACCAAGGCUGAUUUUGAAAACCAUACCAGCGAAUUUGUCGAGCCCAUAUCAUUAGAUUAUCAUGAAUGGACCGUUUGGGAAGUACCUCCUAAUGGACAAGGCAUCACUGCUUUGAUUGCUUUGGGUAUCAUUGAGGCUUUGGAAAAAUCUAGAAAAGUCGACUUUUCCAAAAUCAAGCAUAAUUCUGCAGAAUAUAUGCAUAUCGUUACUGAAUCAUUGCGGAUUGCAUUUGCUGACACAAUGCAUUAUGUCGCGGAUCCUAAUGCUGUUCACGUGCCUACUCAGCAAUUAUUAAGCAAGGAUUAUUUGAAAGAACGUGCAGAGCUCAUCAAUUUAGAUACCAGAAAUAACGAAAUAGUAAAAGGCUAUCCUGAAAAAAACGGAAAUACAGUAUAUUUCUCCGUAGUCGAUGAAGAGGGAAACGCAUGCAGUUUCAUUAACUCCAUAUCAAGAAAUUUCGGUGUAAGUGUGAAUGUGCAAAAUGAAAUAGAAUGCUCUAUUGUUGAAGGUACUGGUGUCGUAUUGCAUAACCGUGGCGCAGGUUUCAGUCUGAACAAAGACCACCCAAACUGCUUAGGUCCCAAUAAGAGACCGUUCCAUACUAUUAUCCCUUCGAUGAUUACUCGCAAAUCCGAGAAAGGACAUGAAUUGGAAGCCUGCUUCGGCGUUAUGGGAGCUUUCAUGCAACCACAAGGACAAGUUCAGGUCAUCCUAAACAUGAAACAUUAUCAAUCCAACCCUCAACAUGCUUUGGAUCUUCCUCGCCUAUGUGUGGCCCCUACUGACCCUCCAGUUGAAUCACCACCCGCUGCCUUAGGGAUGAGUGACACCAAUGAUUCCGUGGUUUACAUAGAAGAUGGGGUUCCCAAUGAAAUCAUUGAAGAAUUGCGAUCAAAGGGACAUACUUGUUAUGUCUAUAGCAACCACAAACGAGCUUACUUCGGUCGGGGUCAAAUUAUCCGUUGCCAUAGAGACGAACGCACUGGACAUAGAGUGCUUGCGGCUGGCAGCGACCCUAGAGGAGAUGGCUGUGCAAUUGGAUGGUAG